AUACUGAGAAAGACGGCAUAUUUUAAUUAUAUUUUCAAUCAUGAGAUGCUUUUGCUGUUGUAAGAAAAAGGCAGGGAACAAGAGCCCUAGUGUGCUGAGGCGUUCUCAGAGAGUCACUCCCAACCAGACCAGGAAUGAGGUGGAGAUCUCCCAUGGUGACACCAAAGGUGAUCACUGCGCCACUGUGGUGGACUCCUCCAGCACCAGCAGCGAGGAGGGAGGGAACUAUUUAGAUGUGAUUCCACUUUCACAUGUGGAGGGUUCCUCUUUAUUGGACAGGAAUGAGGUGGAGAUCUCCCAUGUUGACACCAAAGGUGAUCACUGCGCCACUGUGGUGAACUCCUCCAGCACCAGCAACGAAAAGGCAGAGACCCACUCAGAUGUGAUUCCACUGUCACAUGUGGAGGGUUCCUCUUUCUUGGACAGGAAUGAGGUGGAGAUCUCCCAUGGUGACACCAAAGGUGAUCACUGCGCCACUGUGGUGGACUCCUCCAGCACCAGCAACAAAAAGGCAGAGACCCACUCAGAGGUGAUUCCACUGUCACAUGUGGAGGGUUCCUCUUUAUUGGACAGGUUCCUACAAACCAAGAGCACGGCCUAUAACAACAUCAUAUUCUGCAAUCUGGUGAAGGUCCCCCCACUGGAAUUACGUGGGCUGUACAACCUGGGUUUCACAUGCUACAUGAAUGCCACUCUGCAGUGCCUGUUCUCUGUGCAGACUUUCUACACAGACCUCCUCAGGCAAAACAGCCUCUUAAGGAGGAUGCCACCGAGUGGGCUACUCAGAUGCUUUACUGCUCUGAUGUCAUCAAAGGACCAGUGUCGGGGUAAAGCAAAAAAACUGCUUCAGCGGAGGGUGAAAGACGCCGUGUCUGCCAGUGCAGUAAUGUUCUCUGGAUACUCGGAGCACGAUGCCCAUGAGUUCCUGAACCAUUGCCUUGUCCAGCUGAAAGAGGACGGGGAGAAGUUGGUCAUGGCUGGAGAGGAACUCCAGGCCACAAGCCUAGGUAUCUCCCUUUCCAUGUACUCCUGUCCUGUGAUUACCAACAUGGACUUCCAGCUGCAGUACAAGAUGACCUGCACAGGGUGUGGAGACUUCAGUGUAAGACGAGAGCUCUUUACAAUGCUGUCCAUCAGUAUGCUCCCGGGAUGCUCAAUACAGGACUGCCUGGAUCACUACUUCAAGGUGGAGGAUAUAGAGCGUUCUUGCAAUAAGUGCUCAGGGAACUCUUCCACACUUGCCCCCAAGUUCAGGAGACUUCCUAGGGUUCUUAUCCUCCACCUGAAGAGGUUCAGCUUUGACCCCCUACAGGGAGUCAACAGGAAGCUGGAGGAGCAGGUGUGCAUCCCAUCAUGCCUCAGCCUGCUCCCGCACUGCAGUCGUUACACACAGCCUCCUUGCAGCCUGGACUACAGUGCAGAAACAGCUUUGAACCCUGGCAAAAUGCAUAGCUUGCAGGUUUCUGAACCACUGGAAAAGAACAGAUCUGAGAAGGGAGCUGAUGAGGAGGAGCUGGGAGAAGAAGAAGAGGAGCUCCUCAGAAUAGCAAUUGCUCUGAGUCUCCAAGAUUUAAACCACACUGAAACUGAGCCCGACGUAGACGAGGACUCCAUGAAUACCAGCACGGUGGAGUCCAAAGAGGGGAGGAGUGGUGCAGAGACUGGAGAGCUCUGCAGCUCCUAUCGGCUCAUCAGUCUGGUCAGCCACCUUGGAAACCGGGUGUCAACUGGUCAUUACAUCAGCGAUGUAUAUGACUUCCUGGCUGACAAGUGGCUGACCUAUGAUGACGAGAAGGCCUCAGAGACUGAUGAGUCGGCUGUGCAGGCAAAGCGGAAGUGUACCGGAUACAUCUUCUUUUAUAUGCACAAGUAAGGACUG